CUCCAUGUUUACGGAAACGAGGUCAAGCGACUCAUCCAUGGAUAUAACCUGUGCUGCGUAUCCACCGUUACGCUGAUAUUUAAAGUGUUUUAUUUUAAAUUUGUCGGUCUCCUGUUUUAGUUUAGGUACAGUCUGCACAAUGUGGGACCAUGAAAUCAGAGCCAUGGCGUCCACUCACGCCAUCAUCGCCGCUUCGGUGUUCAUGGCGACUGUGCUACCUGCCGUGCUCUUGCCGGGCUUCUCGGUGUACGGCACACACCUGCUGUGGCUCUACGCCGUGUCCGGUGCAGUGACCGCAGUCAGCGUGGCCGUUUUCUGGCUGCUCGGGAUCACACCGCCCACCAAGAAGCACACACUGGGAUACAAGCUGUCAAGGUUGUUUCGUUCCUGCCUGUACUUCUUCCUGUCGUGCCUGUUCUUCCACACCGUUGUCGUUUUGUAUGGAGCUCCGCUGAUUGAAUCUGCCUUAGAAACAUUCUCUUUUGCUGUGCUGCUGACCUCGCUAACCACGCUGAGGUGUCUGUGUGUCCUCGGCCCCAACGUCCAGGCCUGGAUACGUGUGUUCAGUCGCCAUGGAGCUAUGUCUGUGUGGGACACCUGUCUGCAGAUUACAGUGGCCUGCACACUUGUAGGAGCCUGGAUCGGAGCAUUCCCUAUACCUCUGGACUGGGACCGGCCUUGGCAGGUUUGGCCUGUUUCCUGCAGUUUGGGCUCUUUGAUCGGCUACCUGACCGGGCUUGUCGCCGCUCCGGCGUGGAUCCAUUAUCACCGGAAACAGCUCACAUACAAGUGCAAGUGAUAGUCAGACACAAGUGUAUUAUGCCUGUGCUUGUGUGAAUGUAUCCACGAGGGUGUGACUCCUGUUCCUGUUGAAUUUCUCUCACUUUUUAUUGAUUAUUUAUUGGGAGCAUUCAUCUCGUUCGCAGCCUGUAGGGUUGCGAAGUGGUUUUGUAACAGCUCAGAGGUAUUGUUUUGUACAUGUGAAGGCUGAA